GUAGUCUGUGAUAUUGUCAGAAAGUAGCUGUUUUAAAGCAUUUGAAUUUUAUCUUUCUUUUUGAUAUCUACAAUGGCCGAUUUCAAAGUAGUGACUUCUGACUUUGUAAAAGUACAAAUUUCUACGUCCAAGAACGACUUAUGCGACUUGGAAAGACGUUUUCCCAAAGACCUCACUAUUAAUCAAUUAAAGGGGAAAUUGGAACUAAUGACUGGAGCCAACUGCAACACGAUGCAACUCCAGGCUUAUAAUAAAGACAAUGUUCUUGUGUGUGAUCUUGCAAAUGAUGAAGCACUUUUGGGUUCAUAUCCAAUAGAUGAUGGCAUGAGGAUUCAUGUUGUAGACAACUUUGUAAUAAGAAACGAACUAGAUUUUGGUAAUGUAGAAAAGUUGGAACUUUCUGAUGAAAUUUAUGGUCAGAAGUCAAACACAGUGAGGGCAUAUUUAAUGAGAAACAAAUUAGGCAAGUACAAUGAAGAAAAUCAAAAGAAAAAGGAACAACAGGUACAGGAAGAUAAAGAAGCAGCAGAAAAAUUAACUGUAGGUUCAAGAUGUAAAGUUACAAUUCAAGGUGCUUCUUCCCGAUUAGGCACUGUUAUGUACACAGGAUUCAUUGAGGAACUUGGUGGAUACUUUGUUGGUGUGAAAUAUGAUGAGCCACUUGGGAAAAAUGAUGGAAGCAUUAAAGGGAAAAGAUAUUUUGAGUGCAUUGAUAAAUAUGGUGGUUUUGUUAAACCUCAGUGUGUCACAUGUGGAGACUUUCCAGAGGAAGACUAUGAUUUAAAUGAAGAAAUUUAAGUUUUUAAUACCCCAUUAUAACUUAUUGCUUUAACAAAAAGUUUUGUGAUGCUAAUUGUAACUUAUUUAUUAAUUUUAUACUCAUAAUUUUUAUAUUGAAAUUAUAUAAUGGAAAUAAUAAAAAAACUAUUCAAGUAGUUUAUAAGAAACAAUUCUAAAAAAAAGAAUUUUUGUUUAAUCAAAACUACGUGCACAAGGAAAGCUUGAUAAACUCACUUAAAUCAAAAUUAAUUAGAAUGUAUAAUUAAUUGAAUAAACAGAUUUAAU